AGGUGCUGUACGCGCGCAGCACACAUAGCCUUGACUAUAUUAGAGUAUCACAGUGCGGGAGGUAGGCAGGAGGGGACAUCAGCCACGGCAGCUCAGCUGUAUGUGUGUGUGUGUGUGUGUGUGUGGAUUGCACCAUCAUACCCUCCACAGUACCUACUUUCAACCAUGCUUUGAAAGACUAUCGAUAUCUAUAUCUGAUAUAUGCAUAUACAUUUAUAUUUUGUAUCACUGAUUAAUCAAAGCAUUGCUCAUUUGGCGUGAGUAAAAGAAAGUGACUUCGGCUAUGGCUUUAGUAAUGGAACCUAUUAGCAAAUGGACACCGAAGCAAGUACUGGAGUGGAUGAAAGGACUUGAUGACUGCCUUCAACAGUACAUUAAGAAUUUCGAGCGGGAGAAGAUCAAUGGGGAGCAGCUCCUUCACAUCACCCACCAGGAGCUGGAGGAGCUGGGGGUGACCCGCAUCGGGCACCAGGAGCUCAUUCUGGAGGCUGUGGAUCUGCUCUGUGCACUGAACUAUGGCCUUGAGACAGAGAACCUGCGAACACUCUCCCACAAGCUCAAUGCCUCGGCCAAGAACCUGCAGAACUUCAUCACAGGCCGGCGGAGGAGCGGGCACUAUGACGGCAGGGCCUCCCGACGGCUGCCUAACGACUUCUUGACCUCCGUGGUUGACCUCAUCGGUGCUGCCAAGAACCUCCUGGCCUGGCUGGACAGGUCUCCAUUUGUAAGCGUGACAGAGUAUUCAGUGCUGAAAAACCAUAUUGUUCAACUCUGCCUGGAAUUAACAACCAUAGUGCAACAGGAUUGCACUGUGUAUGAGACAGAAAACAAGAUCCUCCACGUGUGUAAAACCCUGUCUGGAAUCUGUGACCACAUCAUCUCCCUCUCCUCUGAUUCACUCGUCUCUCAGUCUGCUCACCUAGAGGUCGUCCAUCUCACCAACAUCAUGCCCAGCGAUGGCCUGGGGAUGUACAUCAAGUCAACAUACGAUGGGCUACAUGUAAUCACUGGAACCACCGAAAAUUCUCCCGCAGACCUGUGCAAAAAGAUCCACGCUGGGGAUGAGGUCAUCCAAGUCAACCACCAAACUGUGGUGGGCUGGCAGCUGAAGAACCUGGUGAAUGCACUGCGAGAAGACCCCAAUGGCGUCAUCCUCACACUAAAGAAGCGGCCCCAGAACACGCUGACCUCAGCCCCCGCCCUGCUCAAGAAUGUACGCUGGAAACCCCUCGCCCUCCAGCCCAUCCCUACCAGCCCUAACAGCUGCUCAACCACCCCAACCAACACAAUGGGCAUGUCUUCGAAGAUGGACAGCUCUAACAUGCAUGACGUUUUUAUCCUGUCUCCUGUCUCAGGGCUUUAUGGACCCAGGGAAGAGAUGGGCAUCAUGUCCUGUGAUGACAUGAGCAAGUACGGAAUGGGAAAAUCCGGGAUGAAGGGCUCGGAAUCUCCCAGCUACUUCCUGGACCACGAUAGCGGGAAAUACUACACACUGAUGGAGGGGGAGGGCGUCUCGGUGGGGCCAGACUAUGAGCGGGGGAGAUCGACGGGUGUGCGGAGACGAGAGAGGACGCCCACUCACGGUGACCUGAGGCCGGUUUCCAUGCCAACGGAGUACAGCUGGAUAGGAGAGACCAAGGAGCCCAACAUGUACAAGAGGGGGAGCAGAGACUCUGAGAACUCUCUCCUUCGUUACCUGAGUGACGACAAGAUCCUGGUGAUUCAGGAGGAGCCGGAGACCCAGCGUGAGUGUAAGCGGGACACGGGCCGGCGCUCCCGGAAGAAGGGCAAGAACCCCAGCAGCCCCAGCUAUCCCAUCAGCCCCUCCCUGCUGACAUCCACUGUGCGGCUGGACUCGUCCCAGUCAGAGCUGCUGUCCUUCCCUCUGCCCGAGAGCAACACUGUCCCCCUCUACCACAGAGCUGGGGACACGCUGCGAGGAGACUCGGAUCGGUAUGCUAGUUCUGGAAUAGAUAGACAAGGAGUCACAUCCAUGAGGAAGUCAUUUCAUUACGCCUCCUUGAGGACUAAAACCAAAAAGAGAACCAAAGGCUCUCUGACCAGCGGAAGCCGGCGGAGGAUCUCCUGUAAAGACCUGGGCCAUGGCGACUGUGAGGGCUGGCUCUGGAAGAAGAAGGAUGCCAAGGGCUACUUCAUCCAGAAGUGGAAGAAGUACUGGUUCAUCCUGAAGGAUUCCUCACUCUACUGGUACACCAACCAGAACGAUGAGAAGGCAGAAGGGUUCAUCAGUCUCCCAGAGUUCAGGAUAGAUCGAGCCAUCGAAUGCAGACGGAAAUUUGCCUUCAAAGCAUGCCACCCCAAAAUCAAGAGUUUCUUUUUUGCCACAGACUGCCUAGAGGAAAUGAACAGGUGGAUGAAUCGCCUGGGACUCGCGGCUAUCGGCUACACACCUGAUGACAAGGUACCUCGACCUGAUGAAGACUACUGGAGUGAAAGUGACCAGGACGACAUUGAUGGCUCCCUCACCCUGAAACAGGAAGGUCCUUCCUCCACGUGUGACACCUACCAUCGGACCCCCUCCGUGAACUCCUCCAGCCCGUUCCCAGAGCCCAAACAUGGGCGGCACUUCUCAAGCGAGUCGACCUACUCUCAGUCGUCGGCAGAGGACUCCCGUCAGGACCCCACGGGCAGCACGCACUCCUCAGGCUGUCGGUCCUCGUACCGCGAGCGGCGCUCCUGGCAGGACCUGAUCGAGACCCCGCUCACCAGCUCCGGGCUUCACUUCCUGCAGACGGUGCCCUCUGACCCCGAGUACACUGGCGGCCGGCCGGGUAUGUCCCCCGAGCGGCGGAGACAGGCCACCCUGCCCGUGCAGCGGCGCCACCACACAGACCGCGACGGGCCCUUCCCGCUGGUGGGGUGUGAACGAAGCUUCAAUCCCCACCGGCGGGCGCACAAGCAACGCAGCCAGAGCCUGCCACGCAACCGCGACGCACGGUGCAAGGGCAGCGUGCGCCCAGCGGGGCUCUCCGAGGAGAAAUCAGAGGACGAAGAGAUUGAGUUUCGCAAGCAGAAUGGAUCCAGUAAAGAAGAGGGCCAGUGGGAGGAGCGGGAGAGAGACAGGGAGCAGGAGAGCCGCGACGGGCUGCAGGAGCUCUAUAAGACCCUGGAGCAGGCCAGCCUGUCCGCCUUCGGGGAGCAGCGGCCAUCCACCAAGCAGGAGUUCCGGCGCUCGUUCAAUAAGAGGUGCAACGACCCCGUCAUCAACGAGAAGCUGCACCGGAUCAGGGCUCUGCGCAGCACGCUCAAGGCGAAGGAGGGCGACCUGGGCGUGAUUAACCACCUUCUUGACGACCCCAACCUGACCUCGAAGAAGUUCAAGGAGUGGAAGCAGAGGCACCACGAGCUGUUCAUGGACAUUUGUGAGUUCAGCUCGGGGCCCAGCAAGCCUCAAAACGGAGCCUCCGAACUGUCGGCCCUGGCUCCCCUCAUGACACACACCCACUCCUUCAUCGAGACGCACGUCUGAGACACAAGGGGGCGCUGUGGAGCCUGCUGGCAGUUCCUGAAGAACACAAUCAACUCCCUGCCCUCCUUCAGCCUCACCCUUAAAGAGACACUCCCAAACCCCAUACCCACCCGACCCCAACAACCAACCAACCAACCACUGUAAUAUUUGUAAAUAAUGUAUUCAAAACUAAAAGUUAUCCUGUAAAUACAUUGGAUGAAAGAGAAUAGUGCCACAGGAUGCCUAAUACAUGCAUGAAGAGAAAGUAUUAUCCUUAUGUUUUCUUCUUAACAAAAAAAAAAAAAGCAAACAGAAAAAAUAUUUUAGUUGUGCUGUUGUGGAGCACUGUGUGCAUUUUUAUUUAAUUUUAUUCAUUUUUUAAUUUAAUUUAAUUUUAGGCGAUACACAAGAGGCAAUGUAGCAGCAUUAUUGAUGGGGAUUCUCUCCUACCAGUACUAAAGCUUAUAGUGCAACUGCUCUCAUAAACUGCCCACAGAUUUUUAUAUAUAUAUUUAUAUAAUUAUUAUUAUUACUAUUAUUAUUAUUAUAAUUAAUUGUAUUUAAGCGAUAGAUUAAAGGUAACCCAAUAGUAGGAUCUAGGGGCGUCUACCGAAUCACUAAUGGAGGGGACCCCGAAGAACCCUUAUGUUUAACUCUUUACCGGCUAGACAGUUUUCUGAAAAAACUACAUGCAUGACAUUCAAACAUGCACUGGGAAAGUGUAACGAUUCGCAUAAAGCAGCUACUAAAUAAAUCAUUUAAAACUGUGAAUAAAAUCCUUGUGAAUGCAAUCUUCAGAUUCUGGCUAUUCAGAAUCCAAAAAAAAGGGGAAAGAAACGCUUGCUUGAAUCAUCUCCGUUGCUUCAGUCACAAGCCAGUAUUGCUUAGGAAGACAUUCCUAGCUCUGAGCUGAACUCAGGUUUUUGUUCUAUUCUGUUUCUGUUCUGUUCAAGCACCUUUAUGUCAACUAUUGGCUUACAUUCAUACAGCAUUAGCAUACUGUUGAGCGCAUUACAGUCCCUAUGCAUUUGACAACAAGCUCAUGCUUCAUGAAUGCGCCCCAGUACAGCUUCACUUCUCACUAAGCUCCUUCAGACCUCGGAAGGCAGCUCCACUCUCCAGCUGAAAUGAACUGAAGUAACUCCUUCUUGUUUUGUUUUUAAGGGAGAACUGAAACACAAGCAGCUCCCCAUCACAGCUAAUAUACCCUAUCCUCACAUUGCCCUCCGUAGAGUGGGUGCUGAGCUGCCAGCCUACUCCUCCAAAUUCAGACUGUACUUGAGCGCAGUGACCCAGGUAUCAAACUCAUUGAACUCAACGAGAACCAUUGGUAGCAAAUCAUAUUAACUCCUCAUCAGUUCUUUUAAGACAAUUUAAAUACCGUUAUCCCAAUUUUAGAUUAAUAAUGAGACUCUCCGAGUCAUUGUUAUAAUUAGAAUAUAUUCCCAUAGCGUAUACAGCCUUCAUUAAAGGGAAGGCCAGAGAAAGUGUGCCAUACAAACCUCUGGACAACAGAAAUUAGCCGGUGUUCAUACUGAUGGUUCAAGUGAAACGUACUUUGGAGAAGUGUUUCAAAUUAUUUAGCUUGUAUAGAAAACGUUUUUUUUUAAGACAAAGCUAAUAAAUGAUUGUAGUAAAUUAUCUUGAAUUCAUUGCUAAAUUCUUAUUGAAAGAACAGUUCUUCACAGGAAAAGCGUGUUUGAAGUAAUUAACAACAGCCACAUUCAAGCCCUUUGUCUGGCUGUUAGGGGAAAUGAACAUCACUCAAGGGUGUUUAAAAAUCAAACAAAACUUGACUUCAUUACCAAGAUACCUUUGUUGUCUUCAUCAUGACUUUGUUAAGUGCCACGACUACCUUGUAAAGAAUAUUGAGGCCCCAGAAAGAGGUAAAACACAGACUUGUGUGUUGGCUGCUGAAAGAGUUGCUUACCUCGGUUUCUGUCCAGCCCAGUCGUACAUCUGGUAGUGACAUUGUUAGUGGGUUUGAAGCUUCCUUCUGCAUUGCUGUUGGGUUCUACAUGCAGUAUGUGAUGAGUGCAAAGAGCUCAUACAGUGUAGCAGCGCACUGGCCCCGUACAGCAGCUUCAUCUUCUUUACACCCUGCUCUAAGACAGUCACCACACACAGUACCAUCCCAUAUCUCCCAGCUGCUCGAACGAUGAGCUCCACAGCUGUGUCCGUUCAGCUUGCAUUGAGCAGGCAGUUAGGUACAGGCACAAGGCCAUGCGCAUCUCCUCCAAAAGAAGCCAUUUAACCCAAAGACAAAGUAGUAUUUCUACAGUGCACAGCAUGUACACCAGCUAAUAGGUGAUUGUGCCAUACUGUCAUUCUAACCACACAAUCAGAUUUCAAACAUUAAAAGUGAACUGAGACAAUGUGUACAAAAAUGUACCAUAGAAUUGGGCUUAUUUCAUUUCGGUCUUGAAAGCAAAGUGCAAUGCUACUACUCUACAAUGAGAUUUUAAUAUCGGUUAUGUUUUAACACAAAAAAAAACUUUCUUCUUCCAUAAAUCUUACCAGUGGUUGUGGUUUUGAAAGAAACACAUUGUAGUGAGCUGGAUGGAAGUGGAAUGAAAUUCAGUUGUCAGCUACAAUCACUUUAAUAUCUUAAAUGAGAAAGACUUCUAGUCAAAAGGCUUGUCAAGCUUUCAUUUAGUAGUAUUACAUAUUGUACCAUUGAGUGGUUUCAUGUAGCAUCAAGGAAUCAUGUUGCUGAGUUCAGUUCAGUUCAAGCGUGCUGGGGUGUGCAUCACCCGAUUAUGCAAUGGAAGAGAAAGAGUGAGAACCUUUCAACAAUGUAAACUAAACCAGAAUGGGCUUCUAACACUGUCCUUUGAGCCACACAGGCUGACCAAAUAUUGAAUGUGCAUCAGUAAUAAUCCUGGUAGGCUGGCCAUUAUAUUCUCGUUGUAGUCUCUAGCAUCUAUAAGUAUAAUGAGGUUUUAUGUGUAAGGUACUAAUACACUGAAUGCUGAAUGUAUUGAAAAUGAUGUAAAGAUUUUAUUAGUGAGUCACAGAAAUGACCAUCCACACAAAUUUAAACCACACUUAAAUCUGAAUUUAACCAUCCUUUAUAAUAAAAAAAAGAUGACAGUGAACUUCAAGAUGUUGAUAGUAAUGCCAAGUCCAACCUAUUCUGUUUUAUUUUUUAUUUUUUUAUUACAGUGCAAUAUUAUUUAUUUAUUUUUUUUCACGGUUAUGUUUCAGCCUAGUUGUGCAGAAAUGAAAAUUACUCCUGUGGUUUGUGAUGGAAAUCUUCCAGUGGGAAGAACCAGAGGCAAAUGAUGUAUUACCCUAUGUGUUACCGAGUGCCAGUAAUGCAAAAGAUGUUAUACCACAUGUCAUGACUAAUGUAUUUCACCGCACAUUUUGUGACGUCAGUAAUAGAAUAUGCUGGAUCUACGAGGUUGCUGUGCAGGCAGGUAGUUAAAAUUGACGACAAUGGUGCUACUGCAAGCUAUCUGAAUUUGAAAAGCAUUUCAAUCCAGCAUCAUGCGGCAGCUUUGAAUAUCUUUUAAAAGAAAACUGAUGUAGAAAUGACCCCUUUGAAGGGCUGAUGAACCUUAAUACACCAGAACAACUAUGUAGUGACCAAAAACUGGAAAUUGAAUCAAAAAUGACAUGUGGUAAAAAGAUGAAUGCAUGGGCUGUUGGAAGAUUUUAUCCCACUUGGGGCAGAUAGCGGUUAUGCAAUUAUGGGAGCUCAUUGGCCCUGUUCAAAGAAGCUUGAGGAGUUUAUACAUAUGUGUCAAAAUAUUAUAAAACACCAAAUAUUUCUUACUGGAACUGCAGUAUAGACACUUUCCCUGGGACACCCAAACUGUGGGUCCAAUAUUUGUUUGACAAGGCUGUGAAGGCAGUUUCCCCAGCACUGCCAUGCACACUAUCUGAUCUGACCCUCAAGAUGCUGUAUGCUUCCAUGCUGUGACUGCCUGCUGGGCCCAGCCUUUAACUGGGAGGAAAAGUGGGUCAUUUCCCCGGGGAGGCAUUUAGCUGUAAGGGAAAAUAACAUACAGGACUGUCUAGUUUAUUACACCACUGCCAGCCACUUGGUUGUUAAUCAUUUGUCUUUAUGGAUGGGUGUUGCAGAAUAUAUUGGUAAACACUUGAACAUUUUCAUGAAUUAAUAUGCUCUGCUCACAAAAUCAGUUUGGAAACAGACAUAAAUCUGAGUCAAGAGCAGCUGUGGGUUAUUUAACAGCAUGCCUUGGAGUUAGAAGUGGAGUGCAUUCUCUAUAAAACCAAUCCCACUGUUAAUUAGUGACUCUUUCUGGGAGAAGUAGGACUGAAGCAUUUGCAGCAACCCCCAGUACGCUGACACAAAAAGUUUAUUUGAGGCUGGAACUGGCACUGCCAAGAUAUAUUUCUGAGACUUUUAGUUUCAUCACGGAAUUACUCUUCAUCUAUAACAGAAAUCAUUUGCCAGUUGAAUUGCUGUAUGUUGUGACUUAUUCCACCAUGCUAUUUCUUCUCUUUACAAGAAUUAUAGAUUUUCAUUUUAGGCACAGACUGUCACAUUGUCUCUUUCUUUUCAUGUGUCUCAAACUUAAGAAAACUGUACGAAUGGGAUUCCACUGUGUGUUAUUUUCGGGGUGUAUACCCCAUGGUACAUUGCACAGAUGUGUAAGAUGUAAGUUGCACUGCGACAUUAAAAAAAGGAACAUAUUGCUCUUUUUUCAAAGAUAUUAUUAACUGUUAUUCUGUACAUUGACUGAUUUAAAAAAAAAAGAAAA